AUGGUCGUGGUAGUGGUGGUAGGAGGAGGAGAAGGAGGAGCAAGCCCUAGGUUGGACGACUACGAAGUUUUGACUGUCCUGGAUCGCUGCAAGCUGCUGGACUCGAAGCUCACGGCCACCAAGAUCAAGUCAUUCUUCCGAACUUGGGCUGUAGGCUGCAACAAGAUCAUUGGAGAAAACCUCAACGCAGAGGACAUUGAAGACGGCAUUGGAUAUGAAGAGUUCACAUCGUUGCUACAUUGGAUCGCAGACAUGAAGGGCAUUCCUUUGGCCCGCUGUCGAGCACGAGUAAUCCGCCUGUCGCACAAGAUGGUGGUGGACUCAAGGAGUUCGGUGAAGCGCAGGCUUGCUCUACUGUUCGAUGGGUUCUGCAAAAGAGAAGCAGAAUGGAUGAGCCCGCACGAGUUUACCAACUUGUGCCAUACCACGAAUCUCUACAAGCAGGGUGUGUUCUCAGCAGGGGACGCAUUCAAGAUCUUCUACCAGACACCCGGGCUCGAAAACCAGCGCAUGGAUUUCGCCGGGUUCAUGCAUGCGAUCCAGCAAGUCGGUGAGAUGUUUGGCAAAAGUGAUGCCCAAUCUGCGGAGAUGUUUGCAGCUGCGGUUGGUCGCAUGGACACCGAUGAGGAGACUGUCCGGCGCAUCAAGCUUCGCAUCAAGCACGCAGCAUCCGUUCAUGGUGAGAACGGUUGGCGUGAGUUCUUCCACGAGUGCGACCAGGAUCAAUCGGGCUACAUGGACAUUGAUGAGCACCCUGCUGCAAUGCGUUGCAUGGGGUGCUUCUCUGUCCAUCUUGCUUGUUUGGCUAAAGAAGUCAGAGAAACAGACAUAGAGACGGAAACUCAGAGAAGCACGAAUACCCGGGUGCGGUACGCAAGGCCAUGCAACGGGGACCAUGCAACAUACCAAAAUAAACAAGCAAGAGCGAGACAGGAAAGAGAGCGCUGGGGCCGUCCACUCCUGUCACGUUGUCGGCUUCUGCUGUCUGAAAUGAAACAAACCGAAGAGUGA